CCCCCCCAACCCCACAGUGAAGACGCUAAGUGAUGACGACAUCACGCCGCGACCUUCUCACAUGCAGGGAAAGUAAACUAGUAACAACUCGCGUGGAAACACGGCCCUGUGUUUAUCUCGCAUUAAGGUGACGGGGUGGAUAUUGUCGUGAGUGCCGUUUGAAUCGUGUGACUCCACCAUGAGUUCGUCAAUGCCUCAGAAGAAGUUCUACAGGCAGCGAGCCCAUUCGAACCCUAUGGCUCAUCACUCGUUUGACUAUCCUGUGUGUCCAGAGGAAAUGGACUGGUCCACGCUGUAUCCACAAGUCUUCACUGGAGACCAGCCUGAGAGAGAGACCCCCCGGGUGGAGUUUGCAGACAUUGGAUGUGGAUAUGGAGGUCUAUUAGUGGAGUUAUCUCCACUUUUUCCAGAGAAUCUCAUCCUGGGCCUGGAGAUCCGGGUCAAAGUUUCGGAUUAUGUUCAGGAUCGUAUCAAAUCCCUACGUGCUGCUGAACCAGGGAGCUACCAGAACAUCGCCUGCCUUCGCAGCAAUGCAAUGAAGUAUCUGCCCAACUUCUUCACUAAAGGACAGCUCAGUAAGAUGUUCUUCCUCUUCCCUGACCCUCACUUUAAGAAGACCAAGCACAAGUGGAGGAUCAUCAGUCCCACGUUAUUGGCAGAGUAUGCCUACACACUGAGAGUCGGGGGUUUGGUGUACACAAUCACAGAUGUGGAGGAAGUUCACCUCUGGAUGGUGAAGCACUUCACUGAACAUCCACUGUUUACACGCAUGUCUGAUGAAGAACUGGUCGGGGACGUUAUCAUCAGUCGUUUGGGUACAUGUACAGAAGAAGGAAAGAAAGUGCAGAGAAACGGAGGGAAGAAUUUCCUCGCUGUUUUCCGGCGGAUUGAGAAUUUUAAUUAAGACCCAACACUUUGGAUGUGAAGGAAACUGGAGUAAUGGUCUUACACAGUCAUUCAUGAACUGCUCACUCUGUGGAAAUGGAGGUGAGGGCUUGCAGAUGAACACCGUUUUUGUUUUAUAAAGUUUUGCUUCAUUUCCUGAUGGAGGAUUUUUUUUUUGUCACGUUAUUUAUUUCCUUCAUUCACAUUCACACAGGAUCUGUAUUCAGGACUGACGUGUAAGCUCUUUUCAGAAGCUUCUUUUAACUUUUGCCUCUUUUUUCAAAGAUCAUUGUUUCAUUUC